CAAACAAUAUACAUGUGUAACCGUAUGUGUAACCGUAUCUAUGUUUUCCAUGGACAUGGACAUGAAACAAAGUAGUGUAAAGUCCCUUUCUAAAAGAAAUCAACAAAGGUUGGCUAAGCUAAUAAAGAAUGUGCAUUUGAAGAGCAUGAUCAUCAAAAUAAUAAAGUUUCUGCUGCUACUCUCCAUCACAUGGUUUUGUUCUUCUUCUACAACUACUUCACCAGAUACCAAUUUCCCACAUGUCUGUAACUGCACAAGAAACAGCACCUUUGAGUUAAACAGCACCUACCAUACCAACCUCAAAACUCUUUUUUCUUGGCUUUCUUCCAAUGCCACUAACUCUGCCGGAUCCCACAUCACCAAGGUUUCUUCUGGUAACAGCAGUGUCUAUGGCCUCUUCCAGUGCAAUGCAGAUAUAACUUCAGAGAAAUGCCAAAAGUGCAUCGAUCAGGCAGUGUAUAAUGUAACAUCAGAGUGUGAAACAUCAAAGGAAGCUGUGGUAUUUGUCAGAUUCUGCUUCCUACGUUACUCUUACAGAGAUUUCUUAACCAUAGCAGAAGAAAGCCCUAAAAUCUUCUUGCUGAACCUCAAGGACUACGUUGGCCAACUUGCUACGUUCAACAAUGAAGUGUCGGAGAUGAUGUAUACUCUGAGGCAUAAGGUUGCUGAUAUUCCCAUGGGUUCUAGAAGGUUCGCGUACGGGGAACUCAACAUCACAGCUAAACAAAGCCUUUAUGGCAUGGCAAAGUGCACCCCGGACUUGCCCCCUGAGGAAUGCAGCUCGUGUCUUGUGAACGCCGCGGCCGACAUUCCGACCGGUUGUUGCAAAGGAAAGAUCGGAGGAAGGGUUCUUUUUCCCAGUUGUGGCGUUAGAUUUGAGCUUUAUCGAUUUUAUGAGCCAUCAUCUCAUCUCAAUAUUUUGAGACUUGGAGGAAAUAGGAAAAACAGGUCACACCAGAGACAGAUUAUUAUUUCCAUCAUCUCAACUGUUGUUUCUGUGCUGCUGCUAUGUUUUGGCUGCUCUUUAUGUUUCCUAAGUCGACGACGACAAAGGAAGCUUCUUAGGGGAAUUCUUCUUAGAGAAAGCUUUGGGGAUGAAUCAUUGGCUUCUUUUGAGUCUUUACAAUUUCAGUUGAGUGAAAUUCAAGCUGCUACCAACAACUUCUCCCAAGGAAACAAGAUAGGAAGAGGUGGAUUUGGGGAAGUUUACAAGGGUGUUCUUGAAAAUGGGCAAGAAGUAGCAGCAAAGAGACUCUUGGGAAACUCUUGGCAAGGUGCAGAAGAAUUUAAGAAUGAGGUUCUUGUUAUGGCCAAGCUUCAACAUAAAAAUCUGGUCAGAUUACUGGGGUUUUGUUUGGAAGGACAAGAGAGGAUACUUGUCUAUGAAUAUGUCCCCAACAAGAGCCUUGACUACAUUUUAUUUGAUCCUCAGAGAAGCAGGCCAUUAACUUGGUCUGAACGAUACAACAUUAUUAGAGGAAUUGCGCGAGGGAUUUUAUACCUUCAUGAAGAUUCUCGUUUAACGAUCAUCCAUCGAGAUCUUAAACCAAGUAAUAUUUUAUUAGACGAUAGUAUGAAUCCAAAAAUAUCAGAUUUUGGUAUGGCAAGAAUAGUAAUUACAGAUCAAAUUCAAGUGAAUACUCAUAGGGUUGUUGGCACAUAUGGUUAUAUGUCUCCAGAAUAUGCAAUGGAAGGAAUGUUUUCAAUAAGAUCUGACGUGUAUAGUUUUGGAAUCAUAGUACUUGAGAUUAUUAGUGGAAAAUCGAAAAGUUCUUUUUGUGAAUCACACUUCUCAGAUGACAUCCGACUUUCUGCAUGGGCAAAAUGGAAGGAAGAAAAGCCAUUGGAAUUAUUGGAUACAACUUUAAAAGGAAAUUAUUCUGAAAAUGAAGUGAUGAGAAGUAUACAGAUUGCACUGUUAUGUGUUCAAGAUGAUCCAAAUGAGAGGCCUACAAUGACAGAAAUUGUGUCAUACCUCAAUAGUUCUUCAGGGGAAGUACCUUUGCCUCAAGAACCAAUACUUUCAAAGAGUAAAAAGAUGGAUUAUAUGUCUUACUACCACAAAACGCAUUCCAUAAAUGAUUCUAUCAACGAUUUGUCAGUGAGCACAUUUCUCCCUAGAUAAGCUAAGGAAUGCAUUAUUGGGUGACAUGCACUUCCUUGACAUAUAUAUUAGAAUGCUUUUAUGCUAAAUAAUCUAGCGGGUCAAAAACAAGUGUGUUCGAGACACACAUGCCUACACUUUUAUUUGAAUUUCUCUGAAUUAAACGUAUUGUUUGGACCUCCAUUGAGUUUGAUCCUGUAUUUCUUUCAACUAAUGUAUCUUCUAUUUCGG